AUGUCAGAAUAAUAGUCAUUAACAUUCUGUGAUUGUGGAGAUCACAAUUGUGAUACUCAUCACCAUCAUAAUCAUCAUGAUCAUAAUCACCCUCAUCAUGAUCAUGAUCAUUGUGAACACGAUCACGAUCACCAUGAUCACGAUCAUGAUCAUGCAGAUCAUUUUGAACCUGAACAAGAAUAAAGUUAAGAUACUUAAUUUAUAAAAUUCAUAUUUGGAAGUUCAGAUUAUAAAUAAGCUAUAAUCAUAGCAUUCUUGUAUAUUGCCCUUGCUGUUUAAGCCUUUUAUUCAGGAUUAACAAGUUCAAGUGUUCAUUUGACAGAAGAGAGCUUUGAUUGCAUAUUAAACUCAAUAGUAAUUGUGUUUGCCAUCUAUUGCGGUAUCAAAGCAAAAACAUUUCAGCCAACCAAAACAUAUCCAUUUGCAAUGUAAAGAUUAGAAUAUUUAUCCUCUUUUACAUUAUGCAUUCAUGUAUCAAUAUUGACUAUGUUCCAAAUAUCAAGAAAUGCACACGAAAUCCUAGAGGAUCUUCACGUCAUUAAUCAUCCAACUGAUGAACAAUAAUAAAAUUAAAACAAUGAAUUGUACUAUGCCUCAUUGAGAAUAGCCUUGUCAUUCGCAGGAAUCUUCUUGUUUGUUGAAUACAUCCAACCAAAUUUUAUUACUGACAAGGAGUAACUUCAAUAGUUUGUAAGCAACUACAAAGAUUUAAUUGGUUCAAAUCCAUCCAAAUAUUAUUACACCCAUUAUUUGAAUAUGCAUGCCAUUACUAUGCUAUUCUUAUGCGAAUUACUCUUCAACAUAGGCACAUUUCUAGAAUGCAUGCUUGAUAAUUCUUUAUCUUAUGCAGCCAUAGGUACAAUUAUUGCAAUGACCAACACAAUCAUUAUUAUUAUUCAAUUAUCUCCAUUGGUUCAAACCUCUAUUUAGGCAUUGCUUUUGGCAACUAAUGAAAAAUUCACAGGGAUACGAUAAUUGCUAUAAGAAUUCAAUAGUGAAGUAUACAUUUGGAAUCACGGGGCUGACCAUAAUGCCAUCAUUUUGGCAGAAGGUUCAAAAAAGAGAGAAACCAGACAAAAAAUAAAGGAAAUAGUCAAUAAUAAAUUUAAAAAUUGUUUUGUGAAUAUUGCUUGA